UUAUUCUUUCUUGGUAGAAAACAGAUGCCAUUGAACCAAAGGAUCAGAGCAGAACAAACCACACCCAACUACACCAACCAACACCACAAGAACCAGAACAAACAGAACACACACCCCUACACGCUGUCAUCUUCUAAACAGCAAACCAACCAAAAUGGAGGAUCAGAUAAGAUCUCAGCAGUCCCCAAGAAACCUUUCGUGAGCCACCACCAUGUAUUCCAGGUUUUUGAACAGAGAAGAACUUCACCUCAACUCCAAUGACCAAGCACAAGUGCUGAAGAUAUCUUUCACUGGGAAACUCGGUCAGGUUCUUCCCUCCAGAUAUGCAGAGUUCGUUAAUUUACAGGACUUUGAAAUGCAUUCAAAUUUUAAUAAUAUCUGGUCGAACAGUCAAAAUGACAAACGCAUUAUUCAAAGUUCGGACGUUUAUUGGUGUUUGUGGAUUUCUUACCGUCUGAUGAUCUUUUGGCAAGUCCUAGGUUAAUUAAAGGGAAACUAGAUCUAUAAAUCGGACGGUCGUGAUUAGGCAGAAAUUCGAUUAGAUUUUGGAUUUCAUUCAAAAACUCCGCAGAUUUUCCGGGAUGCAACGGCACUAACCGCCUACUUCUUGGUUUUUCAAGUGCAAUCGUAAUUCGGAGCUGGAGGGAGCCACCGGCGGCAGCAGCAAUGGCGGUGGCAGCUCGAAAUCUUAAUAGUAGUUAUAAUAUUGUUCCCCUGGUAGAGUCCAUCUCCUCCGUCCUUCAUUCUCUCAACCUUCAAAACCCAAACCCCUCAAAUCUCGCUUCUUCUCCUCUCGACCAAUUCACAACAUACUUGAAUCCCAAUUUGGUGAUCCAAGUUGUCAAAUCCCAAACCAAUCCUCACAACGCUCUCUUCUUCUUCCGCUGGGCCUCAAAUCCUAACCCUAACCCUAACAACUACUCCCACACUCAGCGCUGCUACUCCGCCAUGGUCGACCUUCUCAUCUCCCACAGCAUGUUUUCUACAGCUUUAGCUCUUCUUGAAUCAUCAAAUAAACUCUCCGAUUCCAUGGUUGCCAAGUUCAUCAAGGCUUAUGGAGACCGUGGCGACAUCAGAGGUGCGAUCCACUGGCUUCACCGCGCCAAGAUGAUCGAAUCAGGUCGGUGCUUGUACUCGUACAAUGCCAUUUUAGGGGUCAUGGUAAGAGCGAAUCGCAUAGAUCUAGCUAGAGCUUUCUUCGAUCAGAUUCUGAAGGAGGACAUAGUGAAACCUGAUGUCUCGACUUACACGACGAUGAUUCGGGGUUUCUGCAAGUUGGGUAUGAUUAACAAUGCAAAAAAGGUGUUCGAUGGAAUGCUCUGUAAGCCCAAUUUGAUUACGUACAAUACCAUUAUCUCCGGAUUCUGUAAGAAAGGGCUCCUGGAAAAUGCACGAGAGAUUUUUGAUCUUAUGAUAGCUGGCAAGGAUUGUAUUCCCGAUGCGGUUACAUUCACGACUUUGAUCGACGGAUACUGUAAAAGGGGCGAGUUGGGUGAGGCAAAACAAUGCAUGGAUGAGAUGGUGAGACGGAACUGCGAGCCAAAUGUCAUCACAUACAAUUCACUGAUCAAUGGUUUAUGUUUGAGCGGAAAGAUCGACGAGGCAAAGAUGAUGAUGACAAAGAUGAGAUUAAAUGGUGUCAAGGACGACAUUGCAACCCAUACAAGUCUGUUGAAGGGGUAUUGCAUAGCAGGGAAAUCCGAUGAUGCUGUCAAACAUCUCAAGGAGAUGAUCAGUCUUGGGGUGAAACCUGAUGUUAAAUCGUAUGGAGUGGUUAUUAACGAAUACUGCAAAAUGGGGCAAUUAGCUGAUGCCAUGGCACUUCUAGAUGAGAUGAAGGCGAGAGGGGUCAAUCCAAGUGUCUCCACUUUCAAUGCACUUCUCAGAGCGCUGUGUGAUUCUGGGGAGCUCGACCUGGCAAUUGAUGUUUUAAAGCAAAUGCCUUGGAGGGGUUGCUCUCCCAACUUCUUAUCUUAUUACACAGUGAUCUGUAGCCUAUGUCGGCUUGGAGAUAGGAUGCGAGAAGUUGAAGACCUUGUUGCUGGCAUGCUUCAAAGAGGCCAUCACCUUGAUGCCUCUAUGUAUAGUGACAUGGUUGAGGGUUACUGUGAGGAUGGCGAUGUUGAGAUGGCGAUGGGUAUGUUCUGUGAGAUGAUGGAGAAGGGCUUUGUGAUCAAUCUUCAGAGCUUUUCUGUGUUUGUGAAGGAGUUGAAUGGGAAGGGGAAGGUAUCUGAAGCUGAGAAGCUCUUUCAGGAUAUGUGUAGGAGAUGCCCUGUACUGGAUAUGGCUAGUUACAGAAGAAUAUUGGAUGAGCAUCAAAGCAAGCCAUGGGCAGGUGGAGGCUAGUCAAUAGGUUGGCACCAUGGUGUACUAGCUAGAACUUUGCUUGGAUGUAAGGAAGUCGGUUGGGAAGGGCAUAAACUCCAUCAAUGUGGUUUAGUUCAGUGACUGGAUCAAAAUGGAUCUCUUGAUUUUUUUUUGUCACUUGGUUGGUUGAGUUGCAAAACCAAACGCAGUAAAAGAAAAACCAAGCAAAUUCCCAAGAGUCAAUUUGAUCAGUUUUGGCUUUACUGGUAAUGUGUACUCAGUGUUUAAAGAAAACCAUAGACAGCUACCAGAUUUUGAAAUAAAUUAUUACAAUUUGCUAACUUCAUACCUCAGUAGACGGUAGGUAAGCCAGUACUCUUUUUCACAGAUUGGGUAGCUCUCCUCUGGGAAACUGAAAGGGUGAUGAACAUGAUCAGCAGCAUUUAUUGUCAACGCAAGCCUAAGAUAAAAGAAAAGGUCAAUUCGAGCCAGCUUAGCCCAAGCUCCCAGUGCCAACUCGGGGCCACAGCUGCUUUAGUCCUCCCUUUCGGCCAUUCAUAUCCUAAAUUCUGUUGAAAAUUACUGCAAACUGUGGUCAGAUUACACUGGAGGUGAAUUGAAGCCUAGGGUAAUGUGUGUGAGUAAAAAGCAAAUACAUUGCUUAAUUCUUAAGAGAUGAGCUUAGUAAAAAUUCGAGAUGCAUUGAUGAUUGUAUUGGAAGUAUCUGAAAGCCUGGAUUUUUCUUAGAUUACCUCUGUAUUUGUGGUCAUUGAUUCAAAUCAAACAUGCAAGUGGAGGGACACAAAAAACAGAAAGAAUAAAUGAAGGGAAGAUUGGAUUAGAAAAUAUAAGUUUUAUGAGUCGAAUGUAUCAUCAGCACAGAAGCUUGGUUUGGGCUUCUCAUUUCUCUUGGGUUUUAAAUUGAUAUUUUAUUGUGUAUCGCUGAUUUAUUUUGUUGAGUUAAUGUUUGAAAGGUUCCUCAUUAAAGCAAGUAUUAAAGGCUUCCA